AUGGCCAUACCAUCCCAAUUCGUAUCUGCAAUUUUGGACGCGAUUUCCUCCGCACGUAUAGCAUUUGACCAGAAAAAGGCUGGCUCGAGGGAAUGUCUUAUCGACCACAGCCGCGCGCUGAUUGCAGCACUGGAGAUUCCGAGCGAGUUUAUCCAGCGCACAUUCUGGGCAGAACCCGCUCAAUCAGCUAUAGUACGCCUCGCAGUGGACGUCAAGCUUUUUCAGCACCUGCAAGAAUCGGGAAAUGCGGGCCUGGGACUUUCUUCUUUAUCCCAAAAGACGGCGGUUGAUCCUACCCUCUUGUCAGGCCUAGCGAGACACCUGGUGGCCAUGAAACUUAUAACAUUCGACAAGGGUGCAUUUCACGCCACAAGGAUGAGCAACGAUCUCGCAGCGGAUAACUUUCAGCAUGGUAUCUGCUACUGCUACGAUGUUGUUCGUCCUUCUGUCAACGCAUUUCCAGAUUAUUUCAAGAAAAACGGAUACAAGUCCCCAUUAACUGAUGGAACCGAUCUACCAUUCCACGAGGGACACAAAACCCAGCUACCAUUCUUUGAAUGGCUUGUCGCAACGCCCUCACAUCUUCACCAUUUUGACUCCUUCAUGAGCGCAUAUCGUGCAGGCAAGCCAAAUUGGUACGACUUUUACCCCGUGAGCGAACGCAUUAUCGAUGGUUUCAAUUCCUCCAUCAGUAAUAUCCUCCUUGUCGACGUCGGUGGCGGAAGGGGUCAUGAUGCUGCUAGCUUCGCCGCACAAUAUACAGAUCAUCCAGGAAAGAUUGUGAUCCAAGAUCGGGAGCCUGUUAUUGCUAGUGUGUUAGCUCAAGGCCCCAAUCAAUGCUUCCAAGCGGAAGUCCACAACUUCUUUACGCCACAGCCUAUCAAGGGUGCACGUGUCUACUACCUUCAUUCUAUUCUGCAUGACUGGGGCGAUGAAGAUAGCGUUAAGAUACUAGAGAACUUGGUACCUGCUUUGGAGAAGGGCUACUCGAGGGUUUUACUGAAUGAGAUUGUCGUCAAUGAAGAGGAGCCAACGCUAGCAGCGACUAGUAUGGAUCUAAUGAUGUUGGCGCAUUUCGGCGUCAGAGAAAGAACUGAGGCUGAAUUGAUGAGUCUUUUGACGAAGGCUAAGCUGAGGAUAGUCAAAACAUUUUGCUGUCCAGGUGUUGCGGAAAGUCUAAUCGAGACAGAAUUGGCCUGA